GGAAAGUUCCGGGGGGCUGUGAUUACUCGUGAUUGGUUGCUCUGUGUUGUGACUGACAGGUCCCAUUCUCCGGCUCUCCACUAAGCUCCGGUUGUUGACACUCUCCAAAAGUCCGCACGGCUCUCACGGAUAACGGAGACGUUAUUAGGCUACAGCUCGUCCCGGCUCCCUCUGUUUCCUCUGCUGUCCGGCUCCAGGACGGACAACCCGUCGCACGGAAAGAACUGGCUUGCCAUCCUGGAUUUCCUGUUUUUCGACUCAGUGUGUUUUGAACUUUUCUUGCUCCCCGCAAGCCCGUGACGCCGUCUCUUUCCUCUCGUACCUCUGCUCGGAAACCGAGAGAAAUGGCAGAGAAGCGGCGGUCCCCGUGCGCGCUGAGUGUUAAGGCGCAUGCAUUCUCGGUAGAGGCGCUGAUCGGAGCCGAAAAGAGACGCAGGAAGGCCGGGGAGGAUGCUGUGUCCGCCGACUACGAGGACGGGACUGAUGUCUCUGAUCUAACCGGGAGCCCGGGGCCGCGAGCCGACAGAGCGUGCACCAGCGACCGGGGCAGCGAGGCAGAAUGUGCAAGUGACGGAUCCCAGAGCGAGGACGCGCUGCUCGAGAGCCCGCAGCCUGCAGCUCCGUGCACGGCGCCGGUAACCGCGAGCGGAGAGGAGACCCGCGUGGACCUGCAAGGAUCAGACCUGUGGAAACGGUUCCACGAGAUUGGCACGGAAAUGAUCAUUACCAAGGCUGGACGGCGGAUGUUCCCCGCUAUGCGUGUGAAGAUUACGGGCUUGGACCCACAUCAGCAGUAUUACAUCGCCAUGGAUAUAAUCCCCGUGGACAACAAACGAUACAGGUACGUGUACCACAGCUCCAAGUGGAUGGUAGCGGGGAAUGCGGACUCGCCUGUGCCGCCCAGAGUGUACAUCCACCCGGACUCCCCGGCCUCAGGAGAGACGUGGAUGCGUCAGGUGGUCAGCUUCGACAAACUUAAACUGACCAACAAUGAACUGGACGACCAGGGACAUAUCAUUCUGCACUCCAUGCACAAGUACCAGCCGCGGGUCCAUGUGAUCCGUAAGGAGUGUGGAGAGGAGUUAUCCCCAGUGAGAGCCAUCCCUGCUGGGGAAGGCACCCGUACCUUCGCCUUCCCUGAGACGGUGUUCACCACCGUCACAGCGUAUCAGAAUCAACAGAUUACAAGACUGAAAAUUGACAGAAACCCAUUUGCCAAAGGCUUCAGAGACUCUGGCAGAAACCGGAUGGGUCUGGAGGCUUUGGUUGAGUCUUAUGCAUUCUGGCGUCCAUCUCUGCGAACACUCACAUUUGAGGACAUCCCUGGCAUUACCAAGCAAGGGAUCCCAGGAGUUCAUGGUGGGAUCGGACCAUCAUCUCACCUGCUCUCCACAUCCCCGUGCUCCUCACCUUUCCAGGUCUGCCCUCUCAGCCCACCUGACUACACCUGCAGCCGACCCACGCACCCUCUCCAUCGCUACAGCAACCCCCAGGAGCCGUUCCCCCCUCCCAGAGGUCCAUCGGCGUAUGAAGGCGAAGGAUUCUGUUCUCUGCCUCUCCCUGCUUCUCAAUUUGGCUAUCUAUCUAACCCCACGCCGCAGGGUUACGCUGGGCUUCGCCUCCACACACCGCCCUACAGCCUGUACGGUUACACAUUCCCUCCCUCACCACGCCUCGCAGCUAGCCCUGAUAAAAUGGCUGCCGCUGCCACUGCCAAUCAUCAGAGUCCCUUCCUUGGCUCGUCUCCCAGUGGGACUCUAACGGACAGUCUGGGUGUACUCAGUGGAGGACAGCAGGGCUUCUUGUUUGACUCCCGGACUUUAGGACUGGCAGGUAGCCAGCCGGGAGGCGGGGCCUCACAGGUCACUGCCCACAUGGGCUGAAUAUGACUCUGGACAUCUAGGGUUGUCAUGAAAAAUGAAAUUGGUUCAGAACGUUCUACGAAUUAAUCAUCCACGUGCUGAAAAAGCAUCAGGCUGAAUUGUGGACAAACAGAGAGGAGUGACAGAUCAAGCCAUUGCCUCUGUGAGCAUAAAGAGCUUGUCAAAGCUCUUUUAACUGAAGGGAAUAUUUUUACGUUCUUAUCUUUUAAGUAUGUUCUCUAGGACACGCACAUGCAGCUGCAGUGGUCACUAAAGGGAGAAACUACCUGCAGCUUUGGAUAAGGAGUCCAAACGAUGUAACCAGCGACUAAACUUGAACUGACUAUGGACUGGGCAGAAACUGGGCUGGCCCAUGCACUCAAAGCAAGCACUUCAACCCCUGGCAGGAGGCCCUGAAGCAGUAACUGUUAUACUCACACAGCAUUCUACAUCGCCUCCUUGAUCUUGCCUACUUUGGAUGGAGUUCCUGAACACUACUUUUGAACUUGUUUUUAUGGGAUACUUUGACUAAAUUCCUUUCGUCAAUUCAAUUGUUUGUCAUUACAUGCGGUGUUCUCGAUCAAAUCUUUGGAAUAACAAACAUGUAGUCCAUCUAGUAAUAGCACUACAGGCAGGGCCGUUUCACCACUCAGACUCUCGAAAAAAAAAAAACGUUUAUACACAACACCAGGAGCCUGUCACAUAUUAGCAUGAUGACAUCAUGGCCUUAAGAGACCAUGGGAGAUAUCCCAGUGACACUAAUGGACUGACAAGGUUAAAGCUGUGGGAGAAUGAUGGAUGAAGGACUGAUCUACGUAUUCUACGUCUGGUUUGACAGAUGUUUCCUUGAUGCAGCCGUUUGGAUGGCAGGCUUGUGGGACACAGACGUAACUGCACAUGAUAACUCUGUAUAUAGCGAGGGGAAGGCGGGUGGGGAAGACAUGUGGGUAUAUAAAAGGCUGUGUGACCCUUCGCACUUAAAAACCCCAAUGCACCUGCUUCUGCUCUUUAGACUGGGUCAGGUAUGCAACAGCCAACCCUGAACUUGACCGAAAAGCUUUUCUUCGCAAACAUGCGCUAUAUCAGCACGCCCUUUGGCCGAGGACAUUAACAUGUUCUGUGACCUUUUUUGAGCCAAAUAAAAUAUAUGUAUUCAUGUCA